AUGCCUUGUGGGAAUCAAAGUGUGGUUACCUGGAUUGAUCUCCAAGUUGGUGUAACCAGUUCAGAUAGCAGAAACAUUAUUUUCAGGUCUAUCUUUGGAGUUCCUUCACUGAUCCUUGUUCUGUUGCCAGUAACUUCUUCCGAUUGUGAAAUUGAAGAUAAAAAUAAAGCAAUAGAAGAAUAUACACAUAUCUUACAUGUCAACAUCGGGAAUUUGGAGAAAAUGACAAAUAUGGCUAGCAAUUGUUCGAAUAAAGAAUAUAGCUCAUUAAAAAAUCACACGUGUGAUGAUAAUAAGGAAGUUAUGUUUAUAGUUCAUGUGACAUGUAAGUUGAAGCAUCUUGUGAAGGCUAAUAUCAGUGAGCACUUUAACGAUUACUUAGAAGCUUAUUCACAUCAUGCAUUAAAGAUGCUGAAGGAAUGCAAAUGUGAUGAGGAAAAAGAAAAAAGAGCAGAAAGAAAGAUAGAAAGAAACCAUUCUAUCAGUGAAGUCUCUCCUACCAAGAAUUCAGUGAAUGGAAUAGAGAAAAAAACAGGAGGACCCUGCUUUAAGAUCCUGGGAGAAAAAUCUUCAAAGGAACGGAAAAAGAAUAAAUGUUUAUGUUUAAUACAAAAAAUGUUAUCUGAUGUUAGCAAUUGCUGGAGGAAAAUUUUGAACAUGAACGUCAAUGGGCACUGAAACAUCUGUGAUGGCACAGAAACCCCAUGAUUUGAUGACCUUUCACUUGCAUUCUUGGAGUGUUUAUCUGCCCACAUCGAUUCUCCAUCAGAAGCUACUGUAUUUAUCCUGGCAAAGCUAUGGUACCUUAAACAAGUGACCAUAAAUUCCAUUCAACUCCACUGCAGGAACCACUAGACUGAAACAGAGGAUGACAAUUCACAAUAAAAGCUACUUGAUAACCACCUGGACAUAAAUGCAUCUGCCUUUAUUCUGGAACAGAUUACAUGUGCAGAACAACAAAACACUUAACUUUCUGUGCUCUCUGCUGCAAUCAGUUGUAAGAGUUUUGUUUUUUGUCUUUUAUUGCUCAGCUGAAGACUUAAGACAAAGAACUAAAAUAAAAAUAGAUUUUGUGCAACAUAGAAAAGUACAGGAGGAUUCCCAAUUUACAUUUAAUUUCUUUCAUUAGACAAUUCCAAUGACUCUUUUGCUUCCAUUCUACUGUAUGGAGUGGGUGGAAAGGGCAUCUUCAGGGCUCCAAGACAUGCUUCACAUCUGACAGUGGGACACUAAUAAAUGCCCAGGAGAACAGGAGAGUGCUUACUUUUUUUAAAUAAGAGAGCAGUGACGCAUAAAAGCCACAAACCAAAGAGCUUCAUGAAGCAGAAACUAUUGACAGAGAGAGAACAACUUGAAAAUGAAAUAUCAGUCUCCAUUCAAUUCAUUUCAAAAAGUAUUUGCUGAGGACCUGAUCUAUUCAAGCUCUUGAAGGAGUCUGUGAAAGAUGCAAUGUGCCCAGAGAAGUGAAUUGAGACAUUUUUAGGAGAGGGAGGAGUACAAACUGUCAGAAUAGUCAAUUUUGACCUUUAUGUACAUAGCAAAAUUUAUCUAAGUAACCUUGAUAUAGUGAAUAUUUUUUCAGAGAAUAAUAUAUAUUGACAUUUUAUUAAUGAUGUGUACAUAUUUAAUUUUGACAAUAUAUCUUUGUAUAAAUAUAUUUUGAUAGGGUUCAUAUAACUUUAUUACUUUGAAUAACAUUACUUCUUUCUUAAUAAAAGACAUAUGCAAUAAUAUGGUAUAAUAAUUUAUUUUCUGUGAUUAGCACUUGUUCUUAUAUGAGAGAAAAUUAAAUUAAACUAGGCUUAUCUUUUACUACUCCCCAGUCCAUACCCUUCCUCUCUAAUCAGGUAAUAAAGCAACAGAGCAUGCUGAUUCAACCAGAUACUGUGUCAUUGUGGAAAGAUCACUGGAUGUCAGAUGACCUGGAGUUCACAUCUCAUCUCUGUUGUCUAUUAUUUAUGUGCCUUGGGCUAAAUAAUGUAGUGUCUUUGAAUUUCUGUGUCUUAAUUAAUCAAAUUAAGAUUAGAUGAUUUCUGAAAUUUGCUCCAUUUCUAAAUGACUCUUAACAUGUUUUAUUCCUGCUAUUAUACCUUUGGUCAUGCUAUUCUUACUGCCUAGAAUGCUUUACCUGCAAUUUCUUCUCAGUCUCAACAGGUCUAUGUCAAGUUCUGCCUCCUGCAUGAUAUUUUUGAUCACCAUGAUUCCCUCCUAAUACUUAGAGUUGCAUCUUAUUUUUUUUUAUUUUAUGACUAUGACUUUUCCAUUUAGUACUUAAUUGUAAUUGUUUGCAUUGUUUGAUAAUGAAUUCACAAACCUUUAAUAAACAUAAAUAUCAAA